ACAGCAAGAGGUGCGUCUUAUCCGCCCCGCACUAAGUCGUCUGAAACUUGCGGUUGGAGGUGGCGCGGCGGCCGAGGAUGGAGAGGUGCGGCCGCUGCUCAGGCCCACCGCUGUCGCUGUCGCUGCUGCUGCUGCUGCUGCUGUGGCUGCCCGGCGCUGGCGCGGCCCCGCGCUCUGCACUGUACUCGGAAUCUGACCCGCUGACGGUGCUGCAGGCGAGCUCGCUGCGCAGCACAGUGCUGGGUUCGCGCAGCGCCUGGGCUGUGGAGUUCUUCGCGUCCUGGUGCGGCCACUGCAUCGCUUUCGCCCCGACGUGGAAGGCUCUGGCCAACGACAUCAAAGAAUGGAGACCAGCCCUGAAUCUUGCUGUUCUGGACUGCGCUGAUGAGAGCAACAGUAAAGUCUGUAGGGACUUCAACAUCCCUGGCUUCCCAACUGUCAGGUUCUUCAAGGCGUUUUCCAAAACUGGCUCAGGAACAACUUUACCAGUGGCUGAUGCGGACCUGCAGGUGCUGCGGGCCAGGCUCAUUGACGCCCUGGAGUCCCACACACACACCUGGCCCUCUGCCUGUCCUCCCCUGGAUCCUAUCAGGAUGGAGGAAAUCAAUGGGUUCUUUGCAAGGAACAAUGAAGAGUACCUGGCCCUGAUCUUUGAGAAGGAAGGAUCAUACGUGGGUAGAGAGGUGACUCUGGACCUGUCCCAACACCAAGGCAUUGUCGUGCGCAGGGUCCUGAACACGGAAGCUGAGGCUGUGAGCAAGUUUGGGGUCACUGACUUCCCAUCCUGCUACCUGUUGUUUCGCAAUGGCUCUGCCUCACGUGUCCCUGUGCUGGUGGAAUCUAGAUUGUUCUACACCGCUUACCUGCAGAGGUUCGCUGGAGCACCUCGGGAGACCACCCAGACCACUGCAGUGGUGCCAACAGUUCCUAACACUGUGGUUCCCACUGACUGGAAAGUGGCAGAUCGCUCCAAGAUCUACAUGGCUGACCUGGAGUCUGCACUCCACUAUAUCCUGCGGGUAGAGGUGGGCAAGUUCUCCAUUCUGGAGGGGCAGCGCCUGGUGGCCCUGAAGAACUUCAUGAAAGUGCUGGCCCAGUAUUUUCCUGGCCAGCCAUUGGUCCAGAACUUCCUGCACUCUACUUAUGACUGGCUCAUGAAGCAACAUAAGGAGAAAAUCCCCUAUGAGUUAUUUAAAACUGUCCUGGACAAGAGGAAGGAGGAUACUGUGAUUGCCAAGAAGGUAAACUGGGUAGGCUGCCAAGGCAGUGAGCCACACUUCCGGGGCUUUCCCUGCUCUCUGUGGGUCCUCUUCCACUUCCUGACAGUGCAGGCAACUCGAAAAAAUGUAGAACCCUCACAGGAGCAAGCUAAAGCCCAGGAGGUGCUGCAGGCCAUUCGGGGCUACGUCCGAUACUACUUUGGCUGCCAAGACUGUGCCAACCACUUUGAGAAUAUGGCAGCCGCCACUAUGAACAGCGUGAAGAGUCGGGAUGACGCUGUACUCUGGUUCUGGACCAGCCACAACAAGGUUAACACUCGCCUGGCAGGUACCCCCAGCGAAGAUCCCCACUUCCCCAAGGUGCAGUGGCCACCCCGGGAACUCUGUUCAGCCUGCCACAAUGAGUUCCGAGGCACACCUAUGUGGGACCUGGGCAAUAUCCUCAGCUUCCUCAAAUCCCACUUUUCGUGGAGCAACAUCAUCCUGAACUACCCUGAAGCUGGGCCAGGCUCCCACGGUGGGACAUCUGCCCCAAAGCCAGAGAUGCUGGUGCUGAUGGCUGGAAAUUCCACUCUGGGCCCUGAGCAGCCUGAGGCCACAGUGGGCCCAGAAUCCAGUGUCCCAGAUGUUCCCACAGAGAGAAUGGGGAUAAGCAGCUCCCCAGAAGUGCUCUCUGAAAUCCACAGGAUCACCCAUGAGCCAGACCAGGCACCCCAUGAAGACAUCGAAGAGCUCCAGGGUGGUGAGUUGGAGCCACCAAAUGGGCAGCAACGUUUGACCAAGCGAGACACAGGAGCUGUCCUGCUGUCUGAGGAGAAUCUCCAGGGACACCCUGUGAUGCUCAGACGAGUGGGCCGCAGCUCCAAGCAGCUGGUCAAGGUCCCCAACAGGGAGCCUGGCUCUGGGCCUGUACAGAGCCGAGGCCCAUGGUUGCAGGUGCUAGAAGGGGACUUCUCCCACCUGGACAUCAGCCUCUGUGUGUCACUCUACUUGAUGUCCUUCCUGGGCCUGAUGGCUGUGUAUACCUACUUCCGGGCCAGGAUAAGGGCCCUGAAAGGCCUCUCCAGCCACCUGGAGAUGCACCAUGCAGCCUGAACCCACCAACUUGAGUGGGGGACAAGCAAGGGAUUUGCCACUUCUAGGGCUUCUGCAGCUUUGAGCCCCUGCUCCACCCCCAGCCCAGUCUCCCCCUGCAACCCCAACACAUUCCACCUUGCUCCUUGUUCAGGGAAAUCCAGAAAAAACACAUGUCCCAGUGACCCUCUUUGGGGUCUUCUGAGAAGUGCUCCAUUGUCUCAAACACAAGGUUCACCCUCCAGUCCUGGGGGAGGGCAGCUGUGGAGGCCUGGUACCUGGCCUCUGAUUUAUCAUUCUUAUUCCAGGCACUCAUUCCCUCUCCCCGUAGCUUUAACUUCUCCCUUUAGUCUUGGUGGAAAUGGAAACAAGGGAGACCACAGUUUCCAAGGUUUCCUGUCCUGAGGAGGAUCCCCAGGGCUGGGGGGUUGGGGUUGGAGUGGGCAUUUUGACUUUAAGGUAGAGUCUGGAAGUUUCUGGAAGCCAUACUGGCCUUCUGGGUGGGGUGUGGGUGAGGGUUUGUGGGAGGACAGGCUCCUUCCCCAAACUUCUGCCCCUUGAAGUGUGUAGGUGGGGACUGAUGGGGUCCAUCCAAGCAGGACAGGUGAUAGCUGGUGAUAGUCACUGUGCAACCUGGCUUGGCAGAAGCUGAUGGGGACUGGGAGGAACAUUGGGCUUCCAAUGCCCUGGCUCUGGGCUUAGCUGUGAGAAGUAGAGUAGAACUGCAGGAAGAAGAUGGUUACUUCCAUUGUGCUUACGUUUACCCCCACACCACCCCUGAUUUGCUCUCACUUACUCCUCCCUAGCUGGGUCCUUUGUUUAAUGAUUCUGGUGUCCAAAAUAGAUGCUGAUUUUGAAUGUGGAUGGUGCUGGGCUGGGGGGAGUGUUCUAAAUCCCAUCUUGUAGAGGUUUUGGGGUGUGGGGUGAUGCCUCUGUGCUUGAUUCCCACUCCACCCCUGCUUGGAAGGGCUGUAGAAUAAAUUAUUUCUAUUAAAGCAA